AUGUCCCACAGUGCUCCACACCGACCCUCAACCACCUGGGCUCUCACAGUCACCUGCCUCUUGCAGGGGUCACCUCGUGCUCCCAACUGCUCGCCAUCCCCCAGCGCCAACUGCCCUUACUCCAGCGGGGAUCCAGAGGUCAGGCCAUGCUGCGUCCUGUUCCUGCUCAGCUGGCUCUGGACAGACAACGAUCCUCAACAACACAGUUUGCAGAUUACUAUUCCCGAGAAAAUAAGGUCACUUGAAAGCGAAGGUUUUGAAUCCAACGCAGUCUUGCGGCUGGAGUCCUUGGUCAGGCUGGCUGUGUGCCUGGGUCAGCCGGUGGGCAGGCUUAUUACCUUGGGCCUAGAGCUUAGAUCCACUGGGCUGGACCAAGAGUUUGGGUCUACUGGGGUGGGUAUGAAUCUUAAGUCCAACAGGGCUAGCCUGGUGCCAGGAUCCCCUGGAGUGGACCUGUGGACUAAGUCUCUGGAAGCAGGUCUGAAUCUCAGGUCUGUAAAGGUGUGUCUGGAGCCCAAGGCAAUGGGUGUUGAGCUGGCACGGGAGAGUCUGUCUGUCUGUCUGUUGGUUGGCUUUGACAGUGGGUGCUGCAGCAUCCUGAAGCCUGGGGCUGCCGGGCGGGCUGUGCUGGGCUGGGCCUAUGUACUGACUCCGUGGGCACAGUCUGGAGCCUGGGGCCACGGGGUCCUGCGUGGCCUUGGAUUUUUCCAAGGCAAAGACUGGUGCUCACUUCGCUCUACUUUCCCCACACAGAAGGUGUUUCUCACCGCACUGUGCUGCCUGGAGUUAGGGGUACGGGUGACACAGCCUCAAAUAAUCCUCAGGUCUAAGGGAGUCCUUCAGUCUUUGUCCUGCAAGACUGCGACAGACGUGGGGACAUGGGGACGUGGGGGCCGGGACCUUCGCGUCCCCGAGUGCGGCACCCACCCUCGCCGCCGCCGGCGCGUCACCCUCCGGCAGGCAGGCGGCCAGGUGGCCGUCACCUCGCGCUCCAACUGCUCCCCAGCGGGCCAACUGCCACUGCCCGGCGGGGACCGGGACGUGGAGCCAUGUUGCGUGUCCUGCUUCUGCUGGGCGCGCUCGGCCGGCUCAGCUGGCUCUGGACGGGCCAGAAAACGGGAGUUGAGGGUAUUUGAAAAGGUGGUAAAACUGAAAGGAGCGGUGGCGUAUAGAAUACAGAAUUCUGAAAGACUGCUUGUGGAAAUUACAGUUCCAGUGAAAACACAUUCAGUAGUACGCGAAGAGAUUGAAGUGGAGGUAUCCUACAAAAUUGUAAUUGAAGGAAAGACAUAUAUUCUGAACCUAAUGCAAAAAACAUUUUUACCUUAUAAUUUUAGAGUUUAUGGUUAUAAUGGCACAGAAAUUAUGAAACCUCUUAAGGAAGAGUUUCAGAAUUUCUGCUACUACCAAGGGCAUAUUGAAGAUUAUCCAAAUUCUAUGGUGAUCAUUAGCACAUGUAAUGGAAUCAGGGGCUUAUUACAGUUUGAGAAUAUUAGUUAUGGAAUUGAGCCCCUGGAGUCUUCGGUUGGUUUUGAACAUGUGAUUUACCGUGUGAACGUUAAGAAUCCAGAUAUUGCUUUAUAUACUGUAAAGGAUAUUGAAUCAAGAGAUCUGUCCUAUAAAAUACAAAGCAUAGAGCCACAACCAGAAUUAUCUCCAUAUAUAGAAAUGCAUAUUGUAGUUGAAAAAAAAUUGUAUGAUCAUAUGGGUUCUGAUACUGCUGUUGUCACUCAAAAAAUUUUCCAGUUGAUUGGAUUGACGAAUGCUAUUUUUACUUCAUUUAAUAUUACAGUUAUUCUGUCUUCACUGGAACUUUGGGCAGAUGAAAAUAAAAUGCUAACCACUGGAGAUGCUAAUGAGUUAUUACACAGAUUUUUAAAAUGGAAAAGAUCUUAUCUUGUUUUGCGUCCUCAUGAUGUGGCAUUUUUACUUACUUACAGAGAAAAAUCAAAUUAUGUUGGUGCGACCUAUAAAGGCAAGAUGUGUGAUAGAAACUAUGGAGGAGGUAUUGUUAUGCACCCCAGAGCCAUAAGUAUGGAAUCACUUGCAGUUAUUUUCACUCAAUUACUGUCCCUUAGUAUGGGGAUUACUUACGAUGACACUAACAAAUGCCAUUGCUCAGGAGCUGUCUGUAUAAUGAACCCAGAAGCAAUUCAUUUCAGUGGUGUGAAGAUGUUUAGUAACUGCAGCAUGGAAGACUUUGCACAUUUUAUUUCAAAGCAGAAGUCCCAAUGUCUUCAAAACCAGCCUCGCUUAGAUCCGUCUUACAAGGAGGCAGCGGUUUGUGGCAAUGAACAGGUGGAAACCGGAGAGGACUGUGACUGUGGGACCCUGGAGAGUUGUGCUAAUUCCCCAGUACAGUGCUGUGAUGGUACGACCUGUCAAUAUGUAGCCGAUUCAAACUGUGCUGAUGGACCAUGCUGCGAGGAUUGUCAUUACAAGGGCAAAGACCAGAUAUGUAGGUCUGCCAUAGAUGAAUGUGAUCUCCCUGAAUAUUGCAAUGGGUCCUCUUCAGUGUGUCAAGAAGACCUGUUUGUUCAGAAUGGGCAUCCAUGUGGACAGAACCAGUGGUUCUGUUUUGACGGACUAUGUAGCAGUGGGAGUAAACAGUGCAAGGACUUAUUUACUGAAGCUGCAGACUUUGGUACUGAGGAGUGUUUUAGAGAGCUUAAUACUAAGACUGAUCAAUCAGGAAACUGUGGUUCAGGCCCUCAAGGAUACACAAAGUGUGCAACUAAGGAUCUGAAGUGUGGAAAAUUAAUAUGUACAUAUGCAAGUGAAGAUACAGUCAAAGGUCAAGUGGCCACUGUAAUUUAUCUCACCAUCGAUGAAGUACACUGCGUUGCCCUGGAAUAUCCACAUGAUCAUGCAGAAAGUGCAAACAUGUGGGUAAGAGAUGGAACUGUUUGUGGUACAAAUAAAGUUUGCAAGAAUAAGAUGUGUGAGGAUACUGCAGUCCUGGGUUAUGACUGUACUGCAGAAAAAUGCAGUAAUCAUGGUAAGUGCAAUAACAGAAAGCACUGUCAUUGUGAUUCUUCAUUCUUACCUCCAACCUGCGCAACUGAAGACGCUGCAUGGCCUGGUGGGAGUAUUGACAGUGGCAAUUUUCCACCUGCAGCAGCCACUGUCCGUGGACGCUACAUAGAGAGCGCUUACCACCCCAAACCUAUGCGAUGGCCAUUUUUCUUACUCAUUCCUUUCUUCAUUAUUCUCUGUGUACUGAUUGCUAUGCUGGCAAAAGUUCGUUACCAAAGAAAAAAAUGGAAAACUGAGGACUACACAAGCGAUGAACAGCCACAGUCUGAGGUCCUGGCGGGGCGCACGCGACCGAAACGUCGUGCCGUCGCAGUGAAUCGGCUGCUCACAGAUUUCUUCUCUUCCGGCGGCGCCGGGAUCCGAGGCGGGGCCGCCCUGCCCGUUCCUCCCGCUCCUCUCUCCACGCCCGACCCCCGCAAAGCCGCAGGGGCUCCUCCAGGACCCUCUCCCGGCGCCGCAGGGGAAGGUGGCCUCGUGCUUCCGGAGCGACAGUGCUCGAAGGGCGUGCUCUGGGGCCGUCAGGCCCCCGUCCCCAGCACAUGGAAGACGUCCAUCCGCAGCCCAAGGGACACCCAGAGGGGACCGAGGGCUGCGGGAUCCAGCGAGCCUAUCACGAGGCCCCGCAUUCCCACGUCCACGUGCAAGAGUCUUGUUUUGGCUCCGGUGAACUCAGGGUAUGUUUCUGUCGUUGGCAGCAUGAAGAGUCUUGACUGA